UUUUCUUCCGAGCAUCAGCUUUCCAUGUGAGCGGUACGCCUUUCCAAUUUUCACUCGCAGUCAUAUCAUCCAGUCCAAUUUCAAAUCUAGGGUUUUCUUCAAAAUUCGUCGAAAUUCCAAUUAAUGGCGAGUGAGCACGAAGGAUCAAUUGCGAACAUAUUAGAACAAGAUACAUUAAAAUGGGUAUUCGUUGGAGGAAAAGGAGGUGUUGGUAAAACAACAUGUAGUUCAAUAAUAUCAAUACAAUUAGCUCGAGUUAGAUCUUCUGUUCUAAUUAUCUCAACUGAUCCUGCUCAUAAUCUCAGUGAUGCUUUUCAACAGAGAUUUACUAAAACUCCUACUCUAGUCAAUGGAUUCACAAAUCUCUUUGCCAUGGAAGUCGAUCCUAAUGUAGAGAAUGAUGAUUUGCCGAAUGGGGAAGGAAUGGAUAGCUUUGUAUCAGAGCUUGCAAAUGCAAUCCCUGGAAUUGAUGAAGCUAUGAGUUUUGCAGAGAUGCUCAAGUUAGUUCAAACAAUGGAUUACUCUGUGAUAGUAUUUGAUACAGCACCAACUGGCCAUACUCUGCGGCUAUUGCAGUUCCCAUCAACAUUAGAGAAGGGGCUGGGAAAACUUAUGAGCUUGAAGAAUAAGUUCGGUGGACUAAUUAGUCAGAUGUCUACGCUUUUUGGUGUUGGUGAUGAAUUUGGUGAGGAAGCAAUCUUAGGGAAACUCGAGGGUAUGAAAGAUGUAAUUGAACAAGUGAAUAAGCAGUUUAAGAAUCCGGACUUAACAACGUUCAUAUGUGUUUGUAUUCCUGAGUUCCUUUCCCUCUACGAGACAGAGAGGCUGGUCCAAGAACUCACUAAGUUUGAGAUUGACACGCAUAAUAUCAUCAUAAACCAAGUACUUUUCGAUGAAGAAGGUGUUGAAUCUAAGUUGCUAAAGGCACGUAUGCGUAUGCAACAAAAAUAUCUUGAUCAGUUCUACAUGUUGUAUGAUGACUUCAACAUCACAAAAUUGCCGUUGCUUCAGGAGGAGGUAUGUGGAGUUCAAGCUCUGAAAGAUUUUUCACAUCAUUUUAUUACACCGUACCAGCCUGCCAUCACUAAAGGGACAGUGGAAGGAGUGGAGAAGAGAAUAGUCAUACUAAAGCAGCAACUAGAAGAAGCUGAAGCAGAUCUUGAGAAACUGAAAAAAGGAAAAUAAAACAUAUGAUCCUUUAUCCCGGCAAGUACCAACAUUACCAUUCUUCAGCUUGUGCCCGAUUAUGUGUAUACUAUUAUUAAUUAGGGAUAUUGAUAUUUAGACUUUGGUCCCCAAAUUUGUGACCAGUGUUGCAUUUGGGUCCAGAAUGUUUUUUAAUUAGAGUUUGGAUCCCAAACUGUCGUUGGCGGUCUUGACUGUUAAGAUAAUAUAUUUUGCUAAUUAAUUUUUUUAUUUGAUUUUUAAUUAUUCUUUAUAAAACGAACUUUGAAGAUCUCUGUCA